AUGUCGGCAUGUUUCUUCCUUUAUAUAUACGCUACCGACCGCUGGCGCCAUAUAGCUCGAUCCCGAGCUUCAAUCUCUCCUCCAUCAGAAUAUGAUCUCGGUUUGAAUCUCCCGAGUUCUGCAGAUGAACCUCUUGGCUAUGGCUUCCCUUCAGCUAAUGUUCCAGCUGCAGCUCCCCUGUUCGAUUCAGCAGCAGGAUUCGAAGUACCGGUAGAUCUGCUGGCGAUACGUCGUCGUCGUCUUGCUUCUGCGAAGGAUGCAUAG